AUGGGAAGCUCACGGGGACGGGGACAGCCAAAGAAAACGGUGUCACCACCACCGAAGCUCACCAUUCCUCAGACGACUCAGCCAGAACAAAGUCAAGACACUGAUGAACCACAUGCGAAGCAACAUUCACAACACGUGGAAGCACUUAUGGGUACAGAAGAACAUGAUGUAACAUGUGAUAAAGCUGAAAUCCUAGAAUCAAUGGAAUUAAUAGAUGCGCAAGAACCAAAGGAGCAACGUAAGCUUUGGGUCGAUGUUUUGAAUGACAAUCACAAUCCAACUAAAGGUGUGUCUAUGAAAUAUGUUCCCCCUUCAAUUGUUGCCGGGGAGAUUCAAAUUACUAUUGAAGACGAGGAUGUUGAAACAGAACUGAAAUUUUGGGAAAAUUCCUUGAUCAUGUAUGUGUUGGGAGGGGAUCUCAGUAUGAAUACAGUGAAGAAUUUUAUGGAAAGAGUGUGGAAUUUCAUCAAACUUCCUAAUAUACACUACCACGAGGAAGGAUACUUCAUCCUCAAAUUUCAACGCAUACGGAUAUGGAUCAAGUGA